AUGAAGGCGUUAGUUUUCCUAGUGAUGUUAUCAGUGCUAAGAUCUGUUCCAGUUGUUAACGGAACGCCCCUGAAAGUACGCAAUUGCUACCAAUAUGGAACUACUUCUACCACCAACACCGAACAGAUAAAUUCGGACAGUUCAGAUGAUUACGAUAGCUACGAUGAACCUGCGGAUCCGGCCGAAGGAACACAUUUCGAUAAAAAUACGUCGACUGUAGUUGCAUGUUCCCGUUAUGCGACAUUUUGUUACGCGUUGUGGACCUUCGAUAUUGCGAAGAACGCCACGAGAGUUGUUGUUCAAGGAUGCUGGGAACUAUCGGAUAAAAAGGAAACAUGCUUGAGUAACGAAUGCGUCAGUCACAAGGAGACUAGCAGCGGUCACUUUUUCUGUUGCUGCUCCGGGGACAAUUGUAACGGAAACUUUAGCUAUGCUUCAAUCCCAACAAUUUUCGAUAGUGUGGGCGCGGGUACUGAAAGCGAUUACACGCCGUUCGCCCCGUACACGUCCAUCUGGAGCUCUCCGUCGGUUUACAUCUGCUUUGCCCUGGUUGGAAUAAUUUUGAUGUCGAUCGUCGGAUUUCUGACGUGUCGCACCACUACGAAGGCAGUAUCGGAGUUGGCUCCGUUGGCACCUUCUGGACCAGGCUACAGUUCAAAUUUGUAUAAUGUGGACAAUUUGAAAUUGGUUUCAAUGAUUGGGCAGGGAAAAUACGGUACGGUUUGGAAAGGAAUCGUCAAUGAGCAGCACGUGGCUGUGAAGCUAUUUAGCGCUCAGCAUCGGCAGUAUUUUUUGAAUGAAAAGGAUAUUUAUACCGUCCCCCUGAUGGAAUCGCCGGCUCUACUGACAUAUUUUGGUUGCGAUGAACGACGCACCAUGGAUGAUCGCAUAGAGUAUCUCUUGGUACUGUCGUUGGCUCCGCUGGGGUGUCUGCAGGAUUGGCUCACUGACAAUAAGAUGGGUUUCGGCAUUUUUUGCAAAAUGGGGAAAUCAAUUGCGAACGGAUUAGCACAUUUACACACGGAAAUUCGUAAGGGAGAUUUGAUCAAGCCUUGCGUUUGUCAUCGGGAUCUCAACUCUAGAAAUGUGCUGGUCAAAGCGGAUUUGUCUUGCUGUAUUUGUGAUUUGGGCUUCGCUCUCAAAACGUUUGGACCUCGCUACGAGUGUCGAGGUGAGAUCGCCUUGGCAGAAACCAAAAGUAUCAAUGAGGUUGGAACGUUGCGUUACAUGGCACCAGAAGUUUUGGAGGGUGCUGUCAACCUUAGAGACUGCGAGUCGGCUUUAAAGCAAAUCGAUGUAUACUCUCUUGGUUUAGUACUAUGGGAGUUGGCGACAAGAUGUGAUGACUUCUAUCCAGACGAAAGCUUGACUCCGGAGUAUAAGGCACCUUACGAAGAGGAAAUCGGUACCAAUCCCAAUUUCGAGCAAAUGCAAGUUCUAGUGUCGAGAAAUAAAGCCCGACCCAGAUUCCCUAUCAACUAUGAAAACAGCGUUGCUGCAAAGGUUGUAAAAGAUACCUGUGAAGAUUGUUGGGAUCACGACGCUGAAGCUCGUUUAACGGCACUUUGCGUUCAAGAGCGUAUCCAGGAAAUUACCACGAUGAAUCCAAAGGCACAACUUCUUAAGGGACAGUCACCUCCACUGAGUACGACCAAUUUGAUUAUCACACCUCCAGCAACGCACACCAAAAUAAGCCCUACCGCUGUGUCGUUCAUGACACCGCCUAACCAGCGAAUCAUUCCUCAAGUUAAUUUCUACAACUGUGAUACCACAAUAGCUGCAACGGUUCCCUACCCAAAGAAAAUAAACAUUGCUAUCAAAUCGCGCGCAAAUACUAUGAAUGUCCCUAAACACAACAUAAACGAUGCUUACAUUCCGGACGAGGAGGACCGAUUCAAAUCAUUCACCAGCAGCGAGCAAUCGGAUGUGACAUUUCGAAAUCCACGUGCCCUUCCGAAACUGGAAAAUAACGACAUUCAGCACAAAAUAAAAGGCCUAAACAGUGUGAAGGCGAUGUUACAGAAAACUUUUCAGAAAUCAACUCCCUACGUCCAGCCGGACUGUGACGAUAAAUCUAAUCUAGUCGAAAAUACUUUUAAUUGUAAGACAAACCUUGAGAAUCCAAUCUCUGAGAUGGCGAAUGUAAAUUCGAAAAAUUCUCACAUUACUCUGAUCAAUGCAGCAGAUAAUGACAUUGAAAAACGGUCGGCCGAGCGGCCAAGUAAUUUAGAUCUCUCUUCGGGCAGUGUCGGGUGUUAUGAGAAUAAUUUAAUUCGAUCAUCGGCUAAUGGCAAAUCGAUGUUCAAAACUUUAACGGAUGAUUUCACUAGUCAGCCAUUCACCAUGGUGCAAUCUAGUUCUCAGAACCCAAAACUUCGAAUUGUCGUUUCGAAAUCGGCCAACGCGGUCAAGAAUCUGAAUACCAGUCGAACUAGUUUGAGUGACCAAAACAAUCAAAACGAUAGCAAAUACAUGAAACGCCAAAGAUCGUUGGAAGUGUUCCAUGAAGUCUUUGGACCCAAGGGUAGCAUCGAACGUCUGCGAAAUCCCAGCCAGAGGGUGAAAACACCAGGCGACGUACCGCCAUCGGUACGAAAAGUGCGAGCUUCAAAAACUCUCUCGUUGUACGACGAUCGGAUGAUGGAAGCCAGUAAACUAAUGGCUAAUUCUGUAUAGCACGAGGAGGUGCUUUUGCUGGAACUUUAAUGAAAAGACAGCGAGAGGAUAUUUCAACGGUACGGAUAGUGGAAA